GUAACCAAACAUACCCUAAGAAAAGACAUGACUAGCCCUUCUCGUCUCAUUCUGUCGUUUCAAAUCUAUUGAACCAAACGCACCGUUGGAGAGACAAUUCAAAACCCUAUACUAUCAAUUUAACGUUUCAUUCACUUCACUUACAUCAAACUUCUUUCCACCGAUUUAUCAUCUCAAUCACGAUCUUCUUCUCUUCGUUUUGAUUUCUCACUCCGUCGCACUUUCCGAUUUCCAAAAUCUACUUUUGUUUCUCAAUCUUAGGGUUUUCGAAAACCCUAAAACGGUGGAGUAACACAAUUUAAUGGAUUAAUUGUUAAAUUGUGUUCCUUUAGAUUUAUUUCAUACACUAAUGGUAGCGAAUUUAAGCAUUCAUUUGUUCAUUGCUACUCAUCUGUUAUUAAGGCCAAAAUCGAAAUUUUUUUCAACAUGCUAUGGUUUGUCCAAAACGCUACAACAAGGGAUGCAUCCAAAAGUAUACAAACUCGUAGCUCAACUGCUAUAGACCGAGGAAAAUACACGGUGUGGACAAGUGAAAUGGACAGUUGCCUCACUGAUGUGCUUGUGGAGCAGGUGGAAAAAGGGAAUAUAGUGGAUAACAUCUUUUGCAGCAUUUGCAGCUGCACUGAAAGCAUUAAAUGAAAAGUUUGGUAUGCAUAUGACAAAAGGGCAUAUAAAAAAUCGGCCAAGACAUGGAGGAAGCAGUUUGGGGUUUUGAAGGAACUCCUUGCCCAUAGGGGAUUUGUAUGGAAUAAGACGCAAAAGAUGGUUGUUGCUAAUGAUUCAGUUUGGAAUGACUACAUCAAGGAGCACCCUGAUGCCAAGGUUUUCCGAGCAAAGUCCAUUGAAAACUAUGAUAAAUUAUGUAUUAUUCUUGGAAAUGAUCAAUCUAUUGCAAGAUUGUCUGACAAUGUUACAGAAAUUGAUGUACAUUUCACAGUUGAUGACAAGGUUGAGGAGCCAGAUCUUAUCAUUUUGUCUGAAACACAAACUGAUGGAAACCUGACUAAGCACCUCAGGUGGACAGAGGAAAUGGAUCACUGGCUUGGAAAGAUUCUCGUAGAUCCAGUGAGGAAAGGGAUAAAAGUAGAUAAUGUUUUUCGGACAGAAGCAUAUGAAAAGGCUGUUUCCUCCAUGAAAGCAAAAUUUGGGUAUCAUAUAACAACAUUUAACAUUAAAAACCGUCUCAAAACAUGGAACAAACAAUAUGAAAUAGCAAAGGAAAUUCUGUCUCAUACUGGAUUUAAAUGGGACGAAACAAAGAAAAUGAUUAUUGCAAAUGAUUCUACAUGGAUUGACUACGUCCGGACACAUCCAGAUGCAAGGACUUACCGUGCUAGGGUCCUGGAGAACUAUGAGCAGUUCUGCACCAUCUUUGGCCAUUUUAAUGAGCCUUUGCAUCGUAAUGACUCUGAGCCUUGUGAUGAGCCUUUGGAGUUUGAAAGUGUCUGUCCAGUUAACUAUGAUAGCAAUCUUAAAGAUAUAAUGAAGCAUAUGAGGUGGACAAGUGAUAUAUUAUGGACAGCUGUUUAAGUGAAAUUCUUGUGCAGCAAAUUAAACUUGGUAACAAAAGCAGAUUUGACCACAAACUAAAACCUGCUGCAUUGGAAGCUGUUGCGCUGGCUAUUAAUGAAAAGUUUAAGCUUUAUUUGAAAUAUCAUAUUAAAAAUCGUCUUAAAACAUGGAAGAAACAAUAUGAUAUUCUGAAAGAAGUUCUGCGCCAGAGCGGAUUUGAAUGGGAUGAAAACAGAAAAAUGGUCAUUGCAAAUGACUCUUUGGAAUGAAUAUAUUAAGAUAAAUCCUGAUGCUCGAAUUCUUAAAGGACGGAUUAUCUGAAACUAUGAGGAACUGUGCAUAAUCAUAGGUCACAUUGAUCCACCAGGUAUGACCACUACUCGUGCUAAGUGCUAACAUGUGUAUGACUACAGAUGAUAAUGUUACGGAAGUUCAAGAUACAAAUCAGUAUCACCAAGGAACUGACAUUACAACGGAAAAAGGAAAGAGUGUCACAUGGACAGAUGAAAUGGAUCUUUGCUUGACAGAGCUGCUUGUGAAGCAAGUGAUGUUGGGAAACAAGCUUGAGAAAAAUUUCAAGACCUCAGCUUACAUAGCUACUCUAGCAGUUCUAAAUGAUAGAUUUGACCUAAAUUUAACAAUAGAAAACAUUAAAAGCAGGUUGAGAACAUGGAGGAAGCACUAUGUCCUUAUGAAGCAGUAUGUCCUUAUGAAGGAAAGCAGGUUGUAUUUUGUUUGGUUCAGUUGCUUCCAACUGCAGCCACAACCACAUAGUGUGCAUCUUUGUCCUAAAUCCUAAUCAUUGCUCAAUAGUGUGCCUACUCGGACACACCCGCACGGUGCACCAUAUCUAAGUAUAUAUAUGUGUUUCUAUAUAUUCCUGACUAUAAAUCAUAUCUAAGUAUAUCUGUAUGUGUUCGUAUAUGUUCCUGAUUAAUCAUUGGCCUGUGUUAAUUCAGAAACAUCGUGAUGCUAGGCGUCUGCGGGACAAAAGAAUAGAGAAGCCUUAGCAUUACAGAGAUUUAGAUCCUCAGGCCUUAGCAUGAAUGGGAGUAACUAUAGAAUAUUGAUUGUAGACUAUAUUGUUAUAAAAUGCAGAUAUGGAUGUGUUUUAACAGAGUUUUAGGUCCUCAGGCCAAUUUUUCACAAGAUAAGGGUUGUGUUGAAACUUGAGAAAGUGAAGACCAUGUGCACAGAUUCCCACAUUCACUGUACAUGGCCUGACAAAUUUUACGCUACAAAUGUUUUUGCUCCUAACUCCAUAUAAUAAGUAUUUAAUUUUAAAAGCUCACUUCAUUGAAUCCUGGUGAAUCUACUUUUUUAGA